AUGAAGGCUGCGGCGAUGUCUGUAUGGGUGUUUAUAAACCUUCUGUGUUUCGGGAUGUGUGGCUACUUAUAUCUUAUUUGGUCACAAUAUUGGAUGUACAUAGAAAAACAAAGACUGUUUAACAAAACACCUGCGACGCCGCAAAUAGCUAGCGGCUCCAUAUUAAACGAGCAAAAUACUUACAUUUCAGAGCAAUAUCCAUUACGAAUAUUGUAUAAUUCAACGUCACGAAUGGAGUCAAUGCAUAAAAAUCGUAGAUCUGCGGUGGGUGCGUUCUGGAGCAGUAUCGUAGUAGGCAAACCUUCGAGCUCACAAGAUCAUCCGUCCAACAAUGUAGUAAAGAAAGUUCAUGGCAGCCCCAGAUUUCCUAACAUACAUAAACAAAUACUAGAGUUCGACACCGAUAAAUAUAUGUGCGAGGAUUUCACGACAAUAGAUUGCGAAGAGCGAACAAAAGAAUUCAAAGAGUUAUUAUUAAAAGAGUUUCAUAGAGUGCUGAUGGGAGAUAGCAAAGUCUUUCGGUCGGGUUUGAAUUCACAGAAUCCAUACGACGUUAAGUAUGAAGUUGGUAAUCAGAAGGAACGAUCGAAGCAGGAGGUGAUGUGUGCGUUAAAGCGUGUGAGGGUUCGGACCGUGCUGCGGAGUGAGGAGCCCUUCGCGCGGCUCGGAUAUCGCAUUCCUAUCGCGCCUCUGCUGGCCGGCCGAACCUUCAACACCUGCGCGGUGGUCACUAGCGCGGGAGCGUUGCUUGGCUCUCGGUUGGGUGAUUUUAUAG